AUGCUUUACACGCAUCACGGCAUCGGAACUGGCUUUUCUGGCGGCUACCACGAGUACUUUGGUGCCGCCGUUGACGAGGAGGCGGUGGUUUACCUCAUGAUUGCCAACGAGAUGCUCCACGAACUGUACCCAAAUGCCAUCACCGUGGCCGAGGAUGUCUCAGGGAUGCCGGCAUUGUGCCUGCCGCUGUCUCUGGGCGGUGUUGGGUUCGAUUACCGGCUGGCUAUGGCUAUUCCCGACAUGUGGAUCAAGAUCCUGAAGGAGAAGAAGGACGAGGACUGGGAUAUCGGCAAUAUUUGCUUUACGCUGACCAACCGUCGCCACGGAGAGAAGACCAUCGCUUACGCCGAGAGCCACGAUCAAGCUCUGGUCGGCGACAAGUCCCUCAUGAUGCACCUCUGCGACGCCGAGCUCUACACCAACAUGUCGACCCUCGCGCCCCUGACCCCCGUCAUCGACCGCGGCAUGGCGCUGCACAAGAUGAUCCGUCUCCUGACGCACGGCCUAGGCGGCGAGGGCUGGCUCAACUUCGAAGGUAACGAGUUUGGCCACCCCGAGUGGCUCGACUUCCCGCGCGAGGGCAACCAAAACUCGUUCUGGUACGCCCGGCGGCAGCUGAAUUUGACCGAAGACCACCUGCUGCGUUACCAGUUCCUCAACAACUUCGACCGCUCCAUGAACGUCUGCGAGGGCAAGUACGGCUGGCUGCACGCCCCACAGGCCUACAUCUCGCUCAAGCACGAGGGCGACAAGGUGAUUGUUUUUGAGCGGGCCGGGCUGGUGUUCGUCUUCAACUUCCACCCGACCCAGAGCUUCACCGAUUACCGCAUCGGCAUCGAGGAUGCUGGCACUUACCGCAUCGUGCUGGAUUCGGACACCAAGGACAACGGCGGGUUCUGUCGCCUGGACGAAGGCACCCGCUUCUUCACUCAGCCCCUCGAGUGGAACGGCAGGAAGAACUGCAUGCAUGUGUACAUCCCGUGCCGAACUGCUUUUGUAAGUCGACGUGGGCAUCGAGAAAUACUGUUGUAUCCAUCUUAUUCUUAG